AUGGCUCAGAGACAAGUUGUUCUUACUUACCAGAAACCUGGUACGAAUCCGCCAGUGUUUGUAGCUGGCACAUUCUCAAAUCCACCAUGGCAGCCUCAAGAAAUGGACUCUUCCGUCGACGAGCAUGGAAAUCAUACAUUUGAGAAGACCGUAUCCGUCAAGUCCGGGGCCGCCAUACAGUACAAGUUCCGCCUAGGAACUGGUGACUGGUGGGUAUGUGACGAUAAUAUUGCCAAGACUCCGGAUGCACACGGCAACUGGAACAAUGUGUUGCGCAUGAGUGCGCUCAGUGUCGAUGUUGGAGAUUUUGAAGAAGAGGAAGAGGAGUCAGAGGACGCCGGUCCCAUGUUCUCCCACGAGAGUUUCAGCUAUCAUGACGAUUCCGAGUAUACCGCAUCGUCGGACGACGGAGUCACAACCCCAAACGAACCAACAUUCCGCUUCCCCAAUGCGUUCAAGCCUGCGUAUGCCGGUGACAAAAAUGAAGACGAGAUUGACUUCAACGACCCCACACUCGAGCAUUUUCCCCACGAGAACCGUCGAUCCAUCAUCGCCGAAUUGCAGCGCAUCGAGACGGCCACCGAACCAGAUCGCUCUCUUCCAGGCGGCAUCGCGCCUUCUCCCCUUGUUUCACCAAUGGGCUCCACGUUCCCUCCGGCGAUACACGAGCCCGAUUCUCCAAAGAGGCGGACGAAUGCUCCCCGGGCCGCUCUUGGGUCGUUUGCCUCGGAGCGGUCCCAUAUAUCUCUAGCGUCGAUAGAUGAGAAUGCCGAGGAGGAAUCCGAAGACGGAAUGACACAUAACUUGCAGGUUCCCGACGAUCGAUCUCUCAAAGCCACGUUUGACUCUGUCGACUUUGGUGGAUCUAAGAAGUCUGCCGCCUCGGCAGCUCGUCAAGUUGAGCCCUCGACCCCAAUCGUGAGACUCGAAACGCCUUCAGGUCAUGAGGAUGAGGGCAUCUCACUAAACACUGCCAACAGCAAGACGAUAUCGAGCCCCGGACAAGAAUCCACAAUCGAUAGCAAGACUUUCACGGAAUCGUCUGUUGAACCAUCGGCGCACUCUGAAUCCAAAGACAGCCAGCAGCAGCAUUGGCUACCCUCGUUCCUUGACUUGACAAGCCAGUUAUUCUCAAAUGUCUUGUUUGGUAAUAGACGAAAGACGUAA